AUGGAUCAGAUCGAAGAGCUUCGGAAUAGUAUUACCAGCGAUGUCGAUCGCCAGGUCACACCUCUUAUCGACAUCCUUCGCGCUCAGAUCCAAAGUCUCCGAGAUGACCUUCAACGGGUUCAAAGUCAAACCGAGCAGAUUCAACACCGCUCAUCCUCCUCAUCGAAGCGACCAAAACCCUCGCUUCCCAAUCCAGAAAAGUUCACUGGUGCGAUGGUCAAAUAUGACACGUGGGAUGCUGCCAUCCGCGCAAAGCUCGCCAUUGACGGACCAGCUAUUGGAGAUUCGACAGCACAAUUCUAUUAUGUUUACAUGAAUCUCUCGAGCCAGGUCCAAGCAAUGGUUUUGCCGCAGCUCGCAACUGCGCGUGACAACGACAGCCACAACUAUCAGACCAUUCUUGACCAACUUCGUCGGGUAUAUGACAAUCCGAAUAAAGUUCAAGAGGCAGAGGACCGCCUCCUUUCCGUUCGACAAGGCGCCGACGAGUCCCUCGCCGCUUAUAUUGCCAAGUUUGAACGUCUUCUUUACGAGGCCAGAGGCCAGCAUUGGCCGGAUGUCACGAAGAAACGUUUCAAACAAGAAGAGUAUAGCAUUUAA